AUGGAAGUUAAAAAGCGGCUGUAUCUAGAACUUUCAUCGGUUGUGAGGUCGAUCAUUAGGGAGCAUAAAGAAGACUUCGAUAAACCUACGAACGACUUGACGAAUAGACUGUGUUGUGUUUUGGAGGCGGUUUUCAUCAACGGUUUGAAGGAGAAGUUCAUCGUUAGAAAAAUUGAAGAAAUGUAUCCUGAACCGAAUUUUUGGCCGUGUGUUUCGAAAUUUCUGCACCGAAAUGUAAAGGCACAAAUUUCAAAUCUGAACCAGAUCAAAAAUGACAUAGGAAGGUCUAAGGCUUGGAUCCGAUUAGCACUGGUAGACGGGGUAAUGGAAAACUAUUUAUCGCUUAUAGCUAAAGAUCAGAAACUGUUGAAAUUUUAUUAUCACGCCAAUGCGUUUAUUCGCGAUGUCGAACUUGUGGAAGUGAUGUGCCACUAUUUGCGCUCGUUGUCAAGGUAUCGACUGAAACUUGCGUUGAACAGCAGUCUUCUGAACGUAUGGACACCAUCUCCCCUACGCUUCGCCGGUUACAUCGACGACAAAAUCAUCGGCUUCAGUUCGACAGCGUCUUCUGAUUGUUCAAAUGCACUGCCGUUCGACGACGAAGCAGAUGUCAUCGUUGGUGUGUCUGCCCUUGAGUUCGAAGGUCUCCGCGAUGAUAGACUGAGUUGCAGCCUCAGUUCCGACGCAGUAUCCGAAGAUUUUUCGACUACAGCCAGCACCAGUCACGUGAUUGGAGAAAGUGUUGAAGAAAUUCUCUACGAACAAGUGAUUGGAAGUUUCUCUAAGGAACCGGUGUUUCCCUUCGGUACGACAUCAUUUCGGAUUAAUGUUCCUCCCUACGGGAAUCGUACAGCUGAUGAAAAAUUCAAAGAUUCAGCCGCCCAAGAUUUUGCUAAGAAGACUGCAGCCCUUGGGGUCAUAAAUGCAAAUUGCGGCAAUGAUUCAUUUUUUCCACAGCCCCUGGAGAAUCCAAGAAAACUUUCAGAAAAGUCCCCGACGGAUGCUUCAAAUUUAGUUUUUUCUGCUUCUCCGUCUUCGUUCGUCGUUUCUCAUUCGGAAGAACCAGAAACGGUGUUUCCUGAAAUUUCCACCAUGGAGCCGUCAGACACUUCAGAGCUGUUUUACAGUUUCGCGGCUGACAACGAUGUCAGCAGGUCGUCGACGGAUUUGCCAGCUGGUGCUGGGUCGAACGAAUUGCCGAGCAAUGUGGAACCUUUGCAUAACCGCCACGACGACAGCGUAGACAUCGGAAACAGCUUGUUUAACCAUAGUUGGAAUGACUUCUGCGGGUUAGCGAGCGAUGGCUCUGAUGACAUCACUUAUAUAACCGCCGUUGAUGUUGAAUUUACGAAAAAUCCGGUAUCACUGGCCGCUAGCGAAGAAGUCACUCUGUCCGUACGCGUGCAUAAGUUUUGCGACAUUUUGAAAACGAAUCAGAGUGACUUUUUUCCCAACAACCAGGACUACAAUAAUCGGCGAAGUUUCCUCGAGAUUUACUUGGCGACUCCCCACGAAACUGGUCUCGACAGUGACGAAAAUGUCUGUCACGGUUGUUCUAAGCCGAUUGGUUUUGCGUUUGGCUUCUACAGGACAUGUCACUACGAUGGGCAUUACUACUGUUCUGACUGUCACAGUAAUGAUAAGUGCCUUAUACCGUCAGCUGUGGUUAACAGUUGGGAUAUGAAGCCGAGGGCAGGUACGGUUAGAACGCUUACCGCUUACCGUUUUGGUCUGCAUAUUACCAGUGUAAAAUUGACUUUUGCUCUAGUGUGUCGCAGAUGUCGAUUUUUUCUGGACGAUUACAUGGACCAACCGCUGAUCGACCUUAACAGAGAGAACCCAAAGUUGUGUCUUGUCAUUAACUGCCUUGCAGAAGUUCACAAACUGCGACAACAACUCAACUAUGUCUCGCUGUAUAUGAAUUCAUGCCGGCAGUUUGUUGGUGAAGACUUCCGAAAACGCUUUUGUCUGAAAGAAUAUUUGUACACGGAUGUUAACCUCUACUCUGUGAUGGAUUUGGUUCAGGCUUCUACCGGUCAGCUGCAAAAGCACCUGUCGCUGAUACUGGAAGCAGCGUUUAAGCACGUCUUUUCAUGCCGAUUGUGCUUUCAGAAAGGUUUCGUUUGUGAGCUGUGCAUCAGUUCUGAAGUGAUCUUUCCCUUCCAGUUGGACACCACGCAUCAAUGCCCAAAAUGCUUCUGUGUUUUGCACAAGUCAUGCAUCGAUGGCCAGUCUUGUCCGAAGUGUGCUCGACACGAAAAAUACCUGAAGCGCAGUGAACACCUUUCUAUCUCCUUCGAUAGCAUGCAGGCAGGGCAGCUUCACAAGACAUUUUCGUUGGAGGCUAAUCAGUUAAACCAUCAUACCAAGUUGCACAUGGUGCUAGUUUCGUCAAAUUUACAUUUAAAAUGCAUCAAGCAACUUAAGCCGAAAAUUACGGUAAGUUUCUGACG